AUGGAAGUUUUGUGCAUCUGUGGACAAUGGAUCUCAAAAGAAUAUCUCCAGUGGGAGUUUCUUGUUGAUUUGAAGAGGAAUGCAUCAAUCAUUUCCAUAGAAGAAGAUCUACUGUAUGAAGAUUUGAUGAAGAUUGUCUCUGAAGAUUUUAGUGUUAAAGAGGAAGAAAUCAGUUUGAGUUAUGAAACAAACCCUGGUUCCUUGACUUAUCAACAUGUGGAUGCUGCAGGAAAGUUCAAGUAUGCAUUUGUGGCUUUUGGUCCUUCGAUAAGGGGAUUCUCAUUGAUGAGGAGAGUUAUUGCAGUAGAUGGUACAUUUCUGAAGGGAAAAUUCAAUGGGACUUUAUUGGCAGCUUGUGCUCAAGAUGGGAAUUAUCAUCUAUAUCCUCUCGCCUUUGCAGUGGUUGACGCAGAAAAUGGCGCCUCUUGGAAAUGGUUCUUUAGAGGUUUGAGCCAGAAGAUCCCGGACGCUUCGGAUCUUGUUUUUGUAUCAGACAAAGCUAACUCAAUUUCUUCAGCGUUGGAGGAUGUAUAUCCCUUAUCUCACCAUGGAAUUUGCAGGAUCCAUCUGCUCCGCAACAUCACUCCUACAUAUGCGAAGACUGGGUUGCUACCUCUGGUGGAAAGCGCUGCUGAUGCCUAUACGUGUCACGAGUUCUGGUUAAUCUUCAAGGACAUAAAGGAUAAAUGUCCUGAAUUGGCUAAGUAUCUGGAAGAUUCUGAUUUUAGGAAGUGGGCACGAAGCUAUGCGCCUGCGAACAGGUAUAAUAUCAUGACUACCAACAUUGCAGAGUCUCUCAAUUCUAUGUUGAGGAUGCCUCGUGAGUUGCCCAUUAUCUCUCUCCUUGAAACUAUCAGAUUGACGAUGACCACUUGGUUUUUUGAGCGACGCGAAGCGGCUGCGAAACAUAAGCACGUGGUUACUCCAAAAGUUGUGCAGAAAUUGGUAUCUAGGUUAGGGGCCGCAAUGUUGUUGAAUGUGUAUCAAGUUGAUCGAAGCGAGUUUGAGGUGAAGAAUGAAACAAUGAAGUUUGUUGUUGACUUGGAGAAGCGGCAUUGCACAUGUAAUGUUUUCGACAUUGACAAGAUCCCCUGCAUCCAUGCCAUCGCUGCUGCUAAGCAUAUCAAGAGAGAUGAAAACCUUUUUGUUGAUGCUUCUCACUUGACAGAAACGUGGGCUAAAGCUUAUGCUGAAAGCAUACAUCCUGGUGGAGAGUUGUCAACGUCCACCUAUCCAGAGAAUAUUGAUGAACU